AUGGCACACAGAUUUUGUUUUGAAGCGUUUGAUAAAACCCUUAAAGACAUAAUGGGGCGUUCCAAUUGUUCUGACAAAUUAUUCGGAGGGAAAGUAAUUGUAUUUGGUGGAGAUUUUCGGCAAAUAUUACCAGUUGUACCAAGGGGCAGCCGUUCAGAUAUAAUACAUUCUACAAUAAAUUCAUCAUACAUCUGGGAUCAUUGUGUUGUGCUGAAGCUUACAAAGAACAUGCGACUCCAACAAGCCAGCAAUACUUCAAGUACAUCUGAAUUAGAAUUGUUUUCUAAUUGGAUAUUAAAAGUUGGCGAUGGGAAAUUGGAAGAACCUAACGAUGGUUACACGGAUAUUCCUAUUCCAAAUGAUUUCUUAAUUUCUAACUAUGAUGAUCCACUAGAAGCCAUUGUUAGUGAAACAUAUCCGAAUUUUCUUAACAAUUACAAGAAUCCAGAAUUUUUGCAAUCAAGAGCUAUAUUGGCAGGAACAAUUAAAACGGUUGACAUCAUAAAUCAAUACGUUUUGGGAUUCAUACCAGGAAAUGAAGUUUUUGAUGUUUUGACCCCGAAAUUUUUGAAUACACUUACAACUUCCGGUCUACCUAACCACAAGAUUAAAUUGAAGACUGGGACCCCUAUUAUGUUGCUUCGAAACAUUGAUCAACCUGAAGGUCUCUGCAAUGGAACAAGGCUUAUAGUUACAAGAUUGGCAAACCACGUUAUCGAGGCAAAGAUUAUAUCUGGAAAGAAUAUUGGAGGGGUUAUCUAUAUUCCAAGAAUGGAUAUGACUCCAACACAAUCUCCGUGGCCAUUCAAAAUGACUAGAAGGCAAUUUCCCAUAACUAUAUGUUAUGCUAUGACAAUUAACAAAUCUCAAGGUCAGUCAUUGGAUUAUGUUGGAUUGUAUUUGCCUAGAAGUGUAUUUAGUCAUGGUCAACUAUAUGUUGCAAUAUCAAGGGUCAAAAGCAAAAAAGGGUUUAAGAUAUUAAUCCAUGACAAGGAUAACCAUCCAUUGAAUUCUACAACAAACGUCAUGUUCAAAGAAGUUUUUGAAAACUUAUAG